AUGGCGCACAGAGCAUUGCAUAUACCAGUGAUAUUCCUCGCCUCAUCCUACUCUUUUAGCGCACUCUUUUUGUCCCUUUUUGUCGCUCUUGCUGCACUUGAAGCAGUCAACAGCGACACUGCGUUCAGUGCGAGCCACACGGCCACCGCGCCCAUCGCUGUCGCUCGGGAUCUGCGGUACCUUCUGUAUGACGUAAACCCCCCAGAGGGUUUCAAUCUGCGGAGAGACGUCUACAUCCGCAUGGCCUCCCUGGUGAAAACUCUGAGGAAGGACGGGCAUGACUGGGUGUUGGUGCUUCCCCCAUGGGGUCGCCUCUACCACUGGCAGAGCCCCAACAUCCACCAGAUCCGCAUCCCAUGGGGAGCGUUCUUCAGCCUCACGAGCCUGCAGGCCAACGUCCCUGUCAUCGAGUAUGAAGAAUUUAUUGCUGAGAAUGGAGGCCCGUUCAUAGACCAGGUUCUUGUGCUGCAAAACUAUGCUGAGGGAUGGACCGAUGGCAAAUGGGAAGAAAAGGUUGAUGAGCGGCCGUGCAUUGAGAAGCUGAUGUACUCCAAAGACAAACAGGGCUACUACAGGGGCUGGUUCUGGGGCUACGAGGAGACAAGAGCUCGAAAUGUAACCUGUAUAUCAGCCCAAGGCCAUGCCUCGAUCAUGGCCCCGGUUCUUCAGAGAAACAUCACAGCGAUAUCAGUUAUGCUCGACCGAGCCGAGACACUCCUUCAUGAUCAUUACGCUGGCAAAGAUUACUGGGAUACCAGACGCAGCAUGGUUUUUGCAAAGCACCUGCGAAUCAUAGGCGACGACUUCAGAGCAAAAUACCUGAACUCUACAGAUGACAGAGACCAUACGAUAUACAGUGAGGACUGGACUCGCAUGAAGGCCAAGCCCGGCUCAGCUAAAGGCGGUCCAUAUCUGGGGGUCCACCUGCGCAGGAAGGACUUCAUCUGGGGUCACAGAGAGGAUGUUCCCAGCCUUAAGGGGGCAGUCAAGAAAAUGCGUAGCUUGAUGAAGAAACACAAACUUGACAAAGUGUUUGUUGCGACAGAUGCCGAUGAUGAAGAACUGAAGGAGCUGAAAAAGUUGCUGCCAGACAUGGUUCGGUUCGAGCCGUCCGCGGAGGACCUGGAGCUCUUUAAAGAUGGAGGAGUGGCCAUCAUUGACCAGUGGAUAUGUGCCCACGCCAGGUUCUUCAUAGGAACGUCGGUGUCCACCUUCUCUUUCCGGAUCCACGAAGAACGGGAGGUCCUGGGCUUCGACCCCAAAACCACAUACAAUCGCUUCUGUGGCGACAACGAGAAAGAAUGCGAACAGCCCACACACUGGAAAAUAGUUUAUUGAUGUCACCCCUGAGUUUCCUGACACACCAAGUGCCAAAAGCAGUGUUAAAGGUGACCUUUAUUUGUAUGGAACAUAGAAGAUAUUUGAAUUGUUUUUGUGUUUGUUUGUUUGUUUUUUUUUUACAUUUUAUGGUUUCAGUGUUGUGCAAUCAGGUCUGUAGUGACCACUGUGACUGAACUUUAUGCUGAAAAGGCCACGACUGGGAUGCCAAACAUGUGUUACUGUGAUGUUCAACGAUUAAAUCUGCGUAUAUUUUUAGGUUGUAUGUUGAAUGUGGAUCCUUCACGAGAGCCUGGUAGGUAAAAUUAUUAUUUUUUAAUAUUUAUCUUGUGACGCCAGCACAGCUGGUGAGAAAAGUGUCUUAUAAAAGUAUUUUGUGGGUGUGUUUUCAGUUUACAUUUCAUGAGGUUGAAAUGAUCAUGUUCCGUGCUUGGGUGUCCAACCUUUGGGUAUUGUAAUUUUAAGAAUAUAAGAUUUUUUUUCAUUCAAAAAUUCUAAAAUAGCAUUCAGGGAUCAUAAACAAAGUAUGACCGUAAUGCAUUUUUGAUCAACGGUCAACCAGGUAAUCCAGUGAGACUAAGCUUGCAGUCAGUGUUUCUUACCAAAAAGCACAGAGGCUUGAUAAAUGAUUUUCCCCUCAUAAAACAGCACAACUUUUGCUUUUUAUCGUAUUUUUAUGCAGGAUCCAAAACGUAUAUUUGCUAAAUGGCUUUGCUGAUGUUGGAGUAGAGAGAGAUGUGACUAAAAACAGGUAUUCAACAUCGCAAAUAACAACAUUAUCAGGAUUUUCAGCUUUUUUAAAUCCACAGACUUCAUAUUUUGCGUCGUCCAUUGCAGUGUUAAUGAUAGUAAUAAUACCUGUGAAAGGAAACUGAAAUGGCACAAAGAAGACACACAACACUCGCCAGCCAUUAAGCUUGUUAUCUCGCAAAACACAUUUUUACUAGAGGAUGCACAAAUUUUGAUGAAACCUGUUGCUGGUAUGGGCAGAGAAAAACCUGCUUCCCCCUCACUGUGCCAGCUAAAAUAUCUGGGAUAUUAAUGUUACCAUGAGCUGAAGUGACUGAAAUAAACAAAAGCACCAUGUGAAUCAUAUUCACUCAACAUUCCCUGGUCAUCCAUGUCCCCCAGAUUGAUAACCACUGGUCUAACUAAUGUCAUAUAGAUAAAUGAAGGUUGCUGUUGUUUAUAUUAUUUUAUUCUUAUUCCGCCAACACUACAGUAUGUUAACACACUGAUAUCGACACAACUUCACCAGAUUUAUUCAACAAAUUCAAUUUACAAAAAUAAAAGAUAAGAGAAAAAGUCCAGGAAACUGAAGAUUUGUACAUCGAAGUUUUGUUUUUCUUUUUUUCCCACCAACUCAAUUCAUUUCUUCUCCCCUCUGGCAACCCUUCAGAUUUACCUGCUGCCUCUGUAACUGUAAUUAAGGUAGUUCAAACAUAUAUAAGAAAAUGUCAGUCAGAGAAACCAAACUGGUGCAGUUUAAUACUUUUUUUUAAACUCAGUUUUCAUGCAAGACUUUUACUUGUACUGGAAUAUUUUCACAAUGCUGUACCGCCCAUGGAUGUAUCACAUGCAGUAAAGCUACAGUGAGGGUU